AAUAUUUGACAAGUGAUGGUGCCAUUAACUAAGAAGAGGAAGUCUAGGGAGAGCACAGCUUCAGAGGGUAGUGAUUCCACUGAAGCAACUGCCAAACCAAAGAGAAGUUUUUAUGCUGCGAGGGAUUUGUACAAAUACCGACAUCAGUACCCACAGAACUUCAAAGAUAUCCGAUGUCCAAAUGACUUGAGCAAUCUUCGUUUUUAUAAGAAUAAAAUUCCAUUUAAGCCAGAUGGUGUUUACAUUGAAGAAGUUCUAAAUAAGUGGAAAGGAGAUUAUGAAAAGCUGGAGCACAACCACACUUACAUUCAAUGGCUUUUCCCCCUGAGAGAACAAGGCUUGAACUUUUAUGCUAAAGAACUAACCACAUAUGAAAUUGAGGAAUUCAAAAAAACGAAAGAAGCAAUUAGAAGAUUCCUCCUGGCUUAUAAAAUGAUGUUAGAAUUUUUUGGAAUAAAACUGACGGAUAAAACUGGAAAUGUUGCUCGGGCUGCUAACUGGCAGGAAAGGUUUCAGCAUCUGAAUGAGUCCCAGCACAACUAUUUAAGAAUCACCCGUAUUCUUAAAAGCCUCGGUGAGCUUGGAUAUGAAAGCUUUAAAUCUCCUCUUGUAAAAUUCAUUCUCCAUGAAGCUCUUGUAGAAAAUACUAUUCCCAAUAUCAAACAGAGUGCUCUGGAGUAUUUUGUUUAUACAAUUAGAGACAGAAGAGAAAGGAGAAAGCUCCUACGGUUUGCCCAGAAACAUUACACGCCUGCAGAGAAUUUUAUCUGGGGACCGCCUAGGAAGGAUGAGCUGGAGGGAAGCAAAGCCCAGAAAACGCCUGCCCCUCCUGCCUCCGGUCCUAACAGUCAAAUUUCUACGCAUAAAAAAUCCAAGGACUCCAAAAAUUCCUCCUUAGCUGUUCAUGUAAAUAGCAAAUCAGCUGAAGAAAAGAAAGUGGCCCCUGGAGAGCCUGAAGUGACAGACAGGCCCAGCCCAGAGCCCAGCAGUGAAGCUGCCAGGCCAAGGAUCACAGAGAAGGAUGGCGAUGCUGAAAAUUUAAAUUCUCAACCAGAAAAAACAAUGAGCAGUCCCGCAGAGAAAAAGGAGAGUGCAUCUCCUCCUGAAAGAGAUGAAGAAGAUGAAGGUCAUAGUAAAGACUGUGAAAACCCUGGAAGUACAGAUUCCCAUGAUGAUGUACUAUUACAGUGAAUGAUCAGAAACCCACAAACCAAUUUAGCUUCCUGGCCUUACUUGAUUUGCAGUUGCAUCGGUGGGUCCUUCAUGUCUAUUUGGGGUGAGUGGAAAUCUUUUGUUAUAGGAAUAGUUUUGAAGAUUUCUAUUUUGUUUCCAACUUAGAAAAUCCCCCUUUCUCUUCUGGGGACGAUGUGUUAAAUAGAAGUUAGGCUGGAGUUAGACAUGCUAGAAUCAUUUCAAAUGUAGGUGCAGUUGUAGAGAAUGAAUGGCCUGGGUCAAUGUAUGAUCUAGAAAGUUGGGAGUGUACAUUUAUUGACUUCUUUCAACUUGGAAUUCUGUAGUGCUUAUUACAUGAACAGAUUUGUGUGGGUAAUCUCUAGGGUGACAGUGAGUACUGCCCUGCCUUCUUCUCUGUCCUCGUUAUCCAGCCCACCCAGCAGACUGUUCAGGGACAGACUUUUUAGAAAUCCCUUAUUACUGAAGUUAAUAAUUAUACAGUUAGAAAUAUGAAUGCCUGGAGGUGUCCAGAUGUGCCUUAACUAAUGUAAAUGGUCUUCAUUCAGAUGUUUAAAUUUUUACUCCAUGGUAAAAUCUUGCCAUAUAAGAAACUUUCCAAACCAUGAAUACCAGUUAUUUUAAUGAAAUUUACUUUGGUGCUUUUUCAUUUUGGAGAAUUUUCCAUUUGGGACAGUAGCAUCAGUUCUUGAGAAAUUGUACUUGCCACAAUGUUCAACAAUGUUUUAUAUUUGACAAAAAGUGUUUACAGUAAGAAAGAGUACAUUGUUACAUUUAUUUAUUCUUUUGCUUAAUUUUGCUACAUGGUAUAAUUUCCACUUUAAACUUUUCUCAGUCAUUACAAGUAAUAUUUAUCUGUGUUUCACUUCUUA